AUGGACAAUCUUUUGGAGGAGGACCCAUUCUUCACCACUCUCUUACAAAGUGGAGGAGAAUGUCCUAUUACCACUCCAACCUUCACACCCCAUUCUAAUACUUUGGUCAGCCCAACUCCCCUUCACGGUGAAAAGAGGCCUCCAACAAAAAAAGUUCAAAGAGGAGCUUCUUUCACUGUUGAAGAGGAUAACGUACUUGUCUCUGGUUGGCUGAACAUUAGUAUUGAUGCCAUCCGGGGAACUGAUCAGAAAUCCACUCAAAUGUGGGAGCGGAUUUCUGAUUUUUACCAUGAAUAUAAGAAACCACAUAAUGUGAACCGUUCGGUUGGGUCAUUGAUCAAUCGUUGGUCCAUGAUUCAAAAAUGCACAAACAAGUUUUGUGCAUAUCUAGCACAAGUUGAGUCAUUGCACCCGAGUGGUGCGACCGAGCAAGAUAAGAUUGAAAGAACAAAGAUAUUGUACAAAGAGAUGGAACGAGGGAACUUCACAUUAGAGCAUUCUUGGAAUCUUUUGAGGCACCAACCCAAAUGGCAUCAACACAUGAGUACGCUGAUUACGAGGAGAAAGCAUGUCGAUAGACAGCCUUCCAAUGAGCAGUCAAGUGAAGUUCUGGGCGAUGUUGUGGAGGAAAUCGUUGAAAGGCCUGCUGGAAAAAAGGCUGAAAAGGAAAGCUUGAAGAAGCGGAAGGCACAAGAACAAUCUGAUGCUGAGUUCAACACGGCAUUAGGAGCAAUGACCGAGGAUAGACGAUUAUUCAUGGCGGAGAGAAGAGAAUGGCAGACGAAGGCCGAUCGCGAUAGAGGUGCACAACUGGAUCUUGAUAAAAGAAAGUUUGAUGCUGAGAUGAUGGGCAAGGAUCUUUCUGGUAUGAAUGCCAUGCAGCAAGCCUACUUCCGUAAAGUUCAGAAAAAAAUUUGGGAAGAGUCAAUGAGUGACGAAGAUGGUAUAUCCGAAUGA